UUCUCUUCUGGUUCCUUCCUUUCUUCUCCCUGCAAUUUCUUUCUGAGGCUUCAAGAGCACCAACCGUUAUCAUGGGGAUGGAAACCAGAAAGCUGUCAGAUGAAUAUGAAGUUUCAGAGAUCUUAGGAAGAGGAGGAUUUUCUGUUGUCAGAAAAGGCAUUAAAAUAUCAGGCAGUGAAAAAACCCAGGUAGCCAUAAAAACACUCAGAAGAGUAGGUACAUCUUCUGAUCCUUUUGGAUUUCCAAAAACUCAGAAAGGUAAUAAGACUAGCAUAGCUGCCAUGGCCAUGGGGUUCCCAACAUGGAGACAAGUUUCAAUAUCAGAUGCUUUACUCACCAAUGAGAUCUUGGUCAUGAGGAAGAUAGUAGAGAACGUUUCACCUCAUCCAAAUGUGAUUGACCUCUAUGAUGUUUUUGAGGACUCAAAUGGAGUUCAUCUUGUUCUUGAGCUUUGUUCAGGCGGCGAGCUGUUUGAUCGGAUUGUGGCUCAAGAGAAGUACUCAGAAGCAGAAGCUGCAGCUGUAAUUCAUCAGAUUGCAGGAGGACUGGAGGCUAUUCACAAAGCAAAUAUUGUGCACAGGGACCUGAAGCCUGAGAAUUGCUUGUUCCUGGACAGUAGAAAGGAUUCUCCUCUGAAGAUCAUGGACUUUGGGUUGAGUUCUGUGGAGGAAUUUACUGACCCAGUUGUUGGUUUGUUUGGAUCCAUUGAUUAUGUUUCACCAGAGGCUCUUUCUCAAGGAAAGAUUACUAAUAAGAGUGACAUGUGGUCUGUGGGAGUGAUUCUUUAUAUCUUACUCUCUGGGUAUCCGCCUUUCAUCGCUCAGUCCAAUCGCCAAAAGCAACAAAUGAUCAUGACUGGGAGUUUCAGUUUCUAUGAGAAGACUUGGAAGACCAUUUCCUCAUCAGCAAAGCAUUUGAUUUCAAGUCUCCUAGCCGUUGAUCCUCAUAAGAGACCUAGUGCUCUGGAGCUUCUCACUCAUCCAUGGGUCAGAGGAGAAAUAGCUAAAGGUGACCAGAUGGAUCCUGAGAUUGUUGACAGAUUGCAAAAAUUUAAUGCUCGCCGCAAACUCCGUGCUGCUGCAAUUGCUAGUUUAUGGAGCAGUACAGUAUUCUUGAGAAUUAAAAAUUUGAAAUCCUUGUUGGGAACCUAUGAUCUUACACAAGAGGAAAUUGAAAAUCUCAAGAUACACUUCAAGAAAAUUUGUGCAGAUAGAGACCAUGCCACUCUCCCAGAAUUUGAGGAGGUGCUAAAAGCAAUGAAUAUGCCAUCACUCAUCCCUCUGGCACCACGCAUAUUUGACAUAUUUGACAACAAUCAAGAUGGAACAGUUGACAUGCGUGAAAUACUCUGUGGAUUUUCCAGCCUUAAGAAUUCAAAGGGUGAUGAUGCUCUCCGUCUCUGCUUCCAGAUGUAUGACGCAGACCGAUCCGGGUGCAUUACCAAGGAAGAAGUAGCAUCCAUGCUAACGGCUUUGCCAGAUGAUUGCCUGCCAGCUGACAUCUUCGAACCAGGCAAAUUAGAUGAGAUAUUUGACCUCAUGGAUGCCAACAGUGACGGAAAAGUCACCUUUGAAGAAUUCAAAGCUGCCAUGCAGAGAGACAGCUCUCUGCAGGACGUAGUCCUUUCCUCUCUCCGCCCAUCGUAGUUUCCCCUACAAUCAUGUUCUGCUUUUGUAAUACUUUACAGUAAACUAGUUCUUAUAUUUAGAACGGAAGAUAGAAGCUUUCUUUAGAUUUCAUAGCGUAGGAGCAAACAAAGUCGACUGCUAAACUAGGAGAAUUCGUGCCA